AUGAACGGCAGCAGCGCCAGGUCCAGCCACUUGUCUCAGCCGGUCGUGAAGAGCGUGCUGGUGUACCGCAACGGGGACCCCUUUUUCGCGGGGCGCCGUUUCGUCUUCCACGAGAAGAAGGUGUCCAGCUUCGACGCCUUCCUCAGGGAGGUGACGGGCGGCGUUCAGGCGCCCUUUGGGGCCGUCAGGAACAUCUACACCCCGCGGACCGGGCACCGCAUCCGGAAGCUAGACCAGAUCCAGACCGGGGGCAACUACGUGGCUGGGGGCCAGGAAGCCUUCAAGAAACUCAAUUACUUGGACAUAGGAGAAAUCAAGAAAAGACCGAUGGAAGUUGUGAAUACAGAGGUGAAACCAGUAAUCCACAGCAGGAUCAACGUGUCAGCUCGCUUUAGAAAACCGCUUCUGGAACCCUGCGCUAUCUUCUUGAUUGCAAAUGGAGACCUUAUAAACCCAGCUUCUAGACUCCUCAUCCCUAGAAAAGCCUUGAAUCAGUGGGAUCAUGUACUACAAAUGGUCACGGAAAAAAUAACUCUGAGGAGUGGGGCUGUCCACAGACUUUAUACUUUAGAAGGAAAACUGAUUGAGAGUGGGGCAGAGUUGGAGAAUGGGCAGUUUUACGUGGCUGUCGGCAGAGAUAAGUUUAAGAAAUUGCCUUACAGUGAAUUACUUUUUGACAAGUCAACGAUGAGAAGGUCUUACGGUCAGAAAGCCUCUUCGCUACCUCCUAUUGUAGGAUCCAGAAAGUCUAAAGGGAGUGGAAAUGAUCGCCAAUCUAAGUCAACAGUCGGAUCCAGCGACAACUCAUCUCCUCAGCCUCCAAAGAGGAAAGGGAAAAAAGAUGUGAAUUCAGAAAAACCCACGAAAGGGAAACAGAGUGUAAAGUUAAAGAGUUCGCCGCAAACAAUUCCAAACAGUGAUGAAGGCGUUUUCAAAGCUGGAGAGGAAAGAUCAGAAACGCGGGGGGCUGCAGAAGUCCAAGAAGAUGAAGAUACUCAAGUUGAGAUUCCACUUGACCAGAGGCCAGCAGAAAUAGUAGAUGAGGAAGAUAGAGAGAAAGAAAAUAAGGAAGUGGGACAGAAGGAAGACUUUUCAGGAAUGAAUGGUGGAGUUGAAGAGGAAGGAGGCGGGGAGGCCACUGAAGCUCCAGAGCAAGCAGAGGAGAUCCUGGAUCACAGGGAGGAGCAGGCAGGUCCUGCUCGUGUGAGCAGAGGCACCAAUGAAGAAAAUGGCGAGGAACUGGACCAGGUUAAUAAUGAGCUUCAAGAAGCAGUGGACGAGGAAAUAAAGUCUCAAGGAGCUGGCAGUGGAUGUGAAGAGGCUGACUUGGACCCUCAAAGACCACCAAAGCCAGAAGUAAAAAUCACCAGCUCACAAGAAAAUGAUAACAAUGAACAAAACAAGGAUAAUCUGUUAUAG